GAACAGAACUUCAACGCCGUUGUCAAAACAAACGCAUGCCAUCAAUUUUCAUCAAACUUCGUUGUAAAUUUUUGUGUGAACUUUUGCCAAUACAAUUUGCAAAUUUUUUAUUAAUUUAAAAGAAAUACUAACUUGAAGAUGUCUGAAACCAGCACUAAAGAUACCGUGCUGAAAACUGCGAUGACCUACAUCUGUGGUGAAUGUCAUCAUGAGAAUGAGAUGCGUCCACGCGAUCCUAUCCGUUGUCGUGAAUGUGGAUAUCGUAUCAUGUACAAGAAGCGUACAAAACGCUUGGUUGUAUUCGAUGCGCGCUAAUCAUGUAUAUCGAUCCUCCUAAAUAAUAUUCAACUUAUAUAUGUAUGUUAGAAAUUUAAGUGUAUAUUUUACAAAAAUAAAAAUAAAACAAAGGAAA